UAAAUUGAUGUAAUGAUUACAUUGUUCAAUUAAAUGGAGUUGCAUGAAACGAUUGUACUGCAUUACAUCUGGAUAUCCUCGUUGCUUAUUUUGAUUUUAAUCACUUUGAAAGCUAUAGAGCACUGAACAGUGAGAAGAUAUAAUAAAAAGAGAAAAAAGACGGCGCCUAUUGUGUUGUGAGGAAUUGGAUGUAGGCGGAUGCCAAUUAUAUUUAAAGAAAGCUAAAUCUAUGAAUGCUAUAAAAAAUCAAAUAACCAUCUUUUUCUUAAAUAGGUCCUCUUAAUUUUUUCAUUAAUAAUAAACUAAGGUGGCUGUCUGGCAGGAUCGUUAGCAUAUUGAGCAAAGUGCCUAGCUGGGUUCUUCUGACAUCACUUGUGCCUUUAAAUUCUGCCAAAAUGGCCUUUAUCUUUCAUUCAGAGGUGGGGGGGGGUGAUGCAAAUAAGCACCAGUUGAGCACUGGAGUUGACAUAAUCAAUUCAACACUGCCCAUGGAAUUGCUGGCCUUGUGCCAAUAUUUGAAAACAAUAUUAAUUCCAGUCUCUUAUCUUCUCUCUUGCCCGGUGGAAAUGCCAUGACCAUGUUGGCUUGUUCCUGGAGAUUAGUUCCCCUUGCUCAUAGUUCAUUCUUCCGAAUUCUGUUUAUUUCUUGCUCUCGUUUCUUACGCAUCUUAAUUGCUUGAUCAGUUCCACUUUACAACUGAUAUUUAAGAGAAACCCAAUCAGAAAUAUGUACAUGUUUGGUAAUUAACUGUCUAAAGAAACAGAUACAGCAUUUUUUAUUACGUUGACCUGAAAAAUUUGAAGUAACGUUUGUUGUGAAAAGGAAGAAAUUCAGUUGAAGCUGUCAUUGUCCACUCUGACUCCUUGACUCUCUCUCUAUAUAUUAUUAUAAAAUCAUAUGAAAUUGGCUAAAAAAUAUUUUUUUUACUUUUAAAAAAUCACCAAUAUGUAUCAUGUUUGAAAGACCCUGGAAAGAUAUUCUACAAACGUAUAACCUUGCUUCUAUGAAACAUGCCUGAAUUAUAGUAAAAUAUUUCCACUGAGACAAAAAAACAUUUCUUUACUUCACUAUAUGAAAUGUGGAAGAGAUAAUUUUCUCUUUUUAAAUAUACCUUGUUGAAUUUACAAAACUAUUUGGAGCAUUUCUAAAUUUUGACAAUUAACACAUUUACAAGAAAUAUAACAAAAGUAAUAUUUGUUUGGUAUGAACUAUGAAAACGAAAAAGAAGGAAAAUAUCCAUAAAUUUUGGUAAAAGAAGAAAUAUUUUUGAAAGGCUCUUGAUUGGUAAAAGAUGAAGGAUUGAUUUUAUUUUUCCUGAAAAGAUGUCGAACGAAGCUGCAAAAUCAUCAUAUCACUGUGAUAUCUGUGGUAAAUCAUUCUCUGGCAGCACUAGAUUAACUACACACAAACGUAUUCAUACAGGGGAGAAACCAUAUCAGUGUGAUAUCUGUGGUAAAUCAUUCAUUGAGGGCAGUAAUUUAACUAGACACAAACGUAUUCAUACAGGUGAGGAACCAUAUCACUGUGAUAUGUGUGGUAAAUCAUUCUCUGCUCGCAGCAACUUAACUACACACAAGCGUGUUCAUACGGGGGAGAAACCAUAUCAUUGUAAUAUCUGUGGUAAAUCUUUCUCUGUUGGAAGUAGUUUAAAUACACACAAACGUAUUCAUACAGGGGAGAAACCAUGUACCUGUGAUAUCUGUGGGAAAUCAUUUUCUGAUGGUAGUAGCUUAUAUAAACACAAACGCAUUCAUACUGGGGAGAAACCAUUUCACUGUGAUAUCUGUGGUAAAUCAUUCUCUCGUAGUCAUAGCUUAGAUAUUCACAAACAUAGCCAUACAGGAGACAAAAAAUACCACUGUGAUAUCUGUGGUAAAUUAUUCUCUGCUGGCAGUAGCCUAACUACACACAAACUAAUUCAUACAGGGGAAAAACCAUAUCAUUGUGAUGUUUGUGGUAAAUCGUUCUCUGUUGGCAGUAACUUAACAGCACACAAACUAAUUCAUACAGGCGAGAAACCAUAUCACUGUGAUAUCUGUGGUAAAUCAUUCUCUGAUGGCAGUAACUUGACUAAACACAAACGCAUUCAUACAGGAGAGAAACCAUAUCACUGUGAUAUCUGUGGUAAAUCAUUCGCUCGUACUUAUAGCUUAGAUAUUCACAAACAUAUCCAUACAGGAGAUAAAGGCUACCACUGUGAUAUCUGUGGUAAGUCAUUCUCUGCUGGCAGUAGAUUAAUUACACACAAACUAAUUCAUACAGGGGAGAAACCACAUCACUGUGAUAUCUGUGGUAAAUCUUUCUCCACUGGUAGUAACUUAACUACACACAGACGUAUUCAUACAGGGAAGAAACCAUAUCACUGUGAUAUCUGUGGCAAAUCAUUCAGUCAGACGGGUAACUUAACUACACACAAACGUACUCAUACAGGUGAACAACCAUAUCACUGUGAUAUCUGUGGUAAAUCAUUCUCUAUUGGUAGUAGCUUAACUACACACAUACGCGUUCAUACCGGGGAGAAACCAUAUCGCUGCAAUAUCUGUGGUAAAUCAUUCUCUGAAAAUAGUAUCUUAACUACACACAAACGUAUUCAUACUGGAGUAAAACCAUAUCAUUGUGAUAUCUGCAGUAAAUCAUUCUCACAAAAACAUCACUUAAUUAAACACAAGUGCAUUCGUUAUGCAAAGGAUCCAUACUCAAAUGACAGUCACUUAACUCGACACAUACGUAUUCAUACUGGAGAGAAACCUUAUCCCUGUGAUAUCUGUGGUAAAUCAUUGUCUGACAGGAAUAGCUUAACUCAACACAAACGUAUUCAUACAGGGGAGAAACCGUAUGGCUGUGAUAUCUGUGGUGAAUCAUUCUCUGUUGGCAGUACCUUAAAUCGACACAAACGUAUCCAUACAGGGGAGAAACCAUAUCACUGUGAUUUAUGUGGUAAAUCUUUCUCUGAAAACUGUAACUUAACACAACACAAACGUAUUCAUACGGGGGAAAAACCAUAUCACUGUGAUGUCUGUGGUAAAUCAUUGUCUGAUAGGAGUAGCUUCACUCGACACAAACGUAUGCAUACAGGAGAGAAACCAUAUCACUGUGAUGUCUGUGGUAAAUCUUUCUCUGAAAAUGGUAACUUAACUCAACACAAACGUAUUCAUACGGGGGAGAAACCAUAUCACUGUGAUAUCUGUGGUAAAUCAUUCUCUGAGGGCAGUCACUUAACUCAACACAAACGUAUUCAUACAGGAGAAAAACCUUAUCCCUGUGAUAUCUGUGGUGAAUCAUUCUCUGUUACAAGUAGCUUAAAUCGACACAAACGUAUCCAUACAGGAGAGAAACCAUAUCACUGUGAUUUAUGUGGUAAAUCUUUCCCUGAAAACUGUAGCUUAACUCAACACAAACGUAUUCAUACAGGAGAAAGACCUUAUCCCUGUGAUAUCUGUGGUAAAUCAUUCUCUGGGGGCAGUCACUUAACUCAACACAAACGUAUUCAUACAGGAGAAAGACCUUAUCCCUGUGAUAUCUGUGGUAAAUCAUUCUCUGAUGGCAGUAACUUCAUUCGACACAAACGUAUUCAUACGGGGGAGAAACCUUAUAACUGUAAUAUCUGUGGUAAAUCAUUCUCUGAGGGCAGUCACUUAACUCAACACAAAUGUAUUCAUACAGGAGAAAAACCUUAUCCCUGUGAUAUCUGUGGUGAAUCAUUCUCUGUUAAAAGUAGCUUAAAUCGACACAAACGUAUCCAUACAGGAGAGAAACCAUAUCACUGUGAUUUAUGUGGUAAAUCUUUCUCUGAAAAUGGUAGCCUAACUCAACAUAAACGUAUUCAUACGGGGGAGAAACCUUAUAACUGUAGAAUCUGUGGUAAUUCAUUCUCUAGUGACAGUCAUUUAACUCGACACACACGUAUUCAUACAGGAGAGAAACCGUAUGGCUGUGAUAUCUGUGGUGAAUCAUUCUCUGUUGGCAGUAGCUUAAAUCGACACAAACGUAUUCAUACAGGGGAGAAACCAUAUCACUGUGGUAUCUGUGGUGAAUCAUUCUAUCACAGAGGUAACUUUACUACUCACUCAAGGAUUCACACAGGGGAGAAGCCAUAUCACUGUGACAUCUGUGAUAAAUCAUUCUCUGUUAGUAGUUGCCUAACUAGACACAAGCGUAUUCAUGCAGUGGAGAAAACCUCCCUGUGAUAUCAGCGGCAAAUCAUUCCAUCAAAGAAGUAACUUAACUACUCACGGUCACUUAACUAUACUCAUAUUUAAAUUGGAGAAAAACCAGUUCACAGUUAUAUCUAUGGUAAGUCAUUGCUGAUUUAAACAGAGGUCUUUCCUUAUGAAGUGGAUCCAUAACACAGUGAUAUUUGUUGUAUAACAUUUCCUCAGAAGGACAAAUGUGUAUCAGUCAAAUCAUCCAACCCAUGCUAGCAUGGAAAGCGGACGUUAAACGAUGAUGAUGAAUGAUACAUUAAUAAUAACUGAGAAUGAGAAUUUUAUUAAUUUUAUUAUAGUUUAUAAAGAACACUAUACUUCUUGAAGUAGAAUUUGGCUAAUUUACCUUAAAUAUAGAAAAAAAAGGUGACUAAUUGGACAGACUUACAAAUUAGCUGAACAGUUUUGUACAAUAAAUUAAAAAAGUUAAGAUCUGUAGAGUGAUAAAUUAGAAGAACUGCUGCUUUAAUAUAUUCCUAACUCUCCGUUAUAUCACAACCUUCCACUAACUUUUUAAACCAUAAAAUAACUAUUACAUCUCAUGCAGGAUUCUUUCUCAGUCUAUUCUCUCUCCCUUUCUUUUGGCCUCUCUCUUCACCUUAUCCUCUUUUAUUCCCCCCCCCUUUUUUUUCUCUAAUAAUAUGGAAGUGUUACUGACAGGCUCAGUAACAUAAUGACCAGCAGAAUUAUUAUAAGACCACCUUUCUUCCCUCCCUCCCUACAAAUCUUAUUUCACUACUCUACGUAAUCAAAGAAUAACAGCUGAACAAACAAGCUUUAAGUAAACAACGCACAGAGUAAACUGGAUACGAAAUGAUAUAUAUCCACCAAUAUAACUAUGAUUAUCACUGGAAAAUACCCACACGGAUUCUAUACAUGGAUAUUUACUUUUGGAAUGGAACUAUACUCCAAGUACUUUUUCUUCUUUGUUUUUUUCUUCUCCGCAUCGCUCCCAUUUCUUACUGCAAAUCUCCUCAUACAGAUGUAAUAAUCCUUAUCUUCUACUAUUACCGUCUCCGAUGAAGGGAUACAUUGAAUUUUCCCUGAAACGGCUGUUAAGACAUUCUACAUAAAAUAAAAAUUUACUUAUGCCA